CCACCUCACGUGUACUUUGAUGAGGAGAUAGACGACGGAUCUCCGUUGAAAAAAUAUCGCAUCUCCGGUACCAUGAAGUUUCUGGUUGACAUGGUCGCCAAGAAGGCUAAUUUCACGUAUGACGUAAUCACUCCACCUAUAGGUAGCUGGGGCUACGGUUAUCCCAACGGGAGCUGGGACGGCUUGGUGGGGACUGCGCUGAGAGAGGAAGCUGACUUCGCUAUAGGCCCGGCCGUGGUACUCUACAACCGAGCGUUAGUCAUAGACUACGCGGACACCUUGAUGGUAUUUUACAUUCGAAUUCUGGGAAGAAGAGGAAGCACCGAAGCCAACCCGUGGAGCUACGUCAUGCCUCUGGCGCCCUCUGUGUGGGCGGCAACGGUCGCAGCUUUACUCACGAUCUUUGCCAUCUUGGCUGUUCUCUCUAAGAUUAGUUGGGUAAAUGUGCCCCUGUCGCCUCAGAUGACCCCAAGCAUGUAUAUCAGGGCGAUGCUACAGCAAGACAUUCCCAAGGAUACAAACAUCAGAUGGGAGAGGGUGAUAUACGGCGCAUGGCUACUGACAGUUCUGGUGCUCAUAGAGGCCUACAGCGCCAAUCUAUUUACUCUCCUGGCAUUCCGUCGCGUUCCGGAGCCUUAUCAGUCUUUGAGAUCCGUGCUGGACGACCCUAAAGUCGUCAUGAUUUGGUUUGGCAACACUGCUUACACCCAGUUCUUUGAGGCAGCCGAGUCAGGCAUAUUCAAAGAAGUGUACGAAGCCGGUCGGAGGGGGCGCAUUACUUACAUAACUCCUCAGGAGUACGUCGAAACCGCCAACAGACUGGUGUCGAGGGGCGACCAUGUCCUUCUUCACCCAGAUCUCGCGAUGAAACUGUUCCUGACGGAGGAUUUCAUGGACAAAGGAAGCUGCAAAUUCUACUUUUCCAAAGAGAUGCUGAUCCCAAUGGCUUUUAGCAUGAUGCUCCCGAAGUACAGCCCUCUCAGAGAACCCAUCAAUGAAGGGAUAAGAGCCGCCGUGGAAGGCGGACUGUACGGCCACUGGCUGGAGAGCACCAUGACGAACCCCACGUCCUGCAAGACCCUCCGACGAAGAUCUACGUGAAUUCGGCCCUUGUCUCUGAUGAAUACCUGGGUAGGUGAGUUCGAAGUCGCAGGGGGAACACCGAAGCACUGAUUUGACAAAAGUCGUAGGGUGCUUGUUUCGUUCGAAACCUCCACUGCACUGUCGAUCCUAACUUGAUCCCAGGGGUGUUCUUCUACUGAAGGGUUUCUCAACGCUGCGAUCCCAGAAGAGGGGACGUAACUCUCACCCUCCCCCCACCCCCAAUCAAACCGACCACAGCAAAAUAAAUAAAUAACAUAUUAAAUGUUUAUAUAUACCAAGCAUAUAUUUCCCCCGGGAGUACUGCUGAAGAUGAAUCUCCACAAAGAAAAGUUUGUGCUAAUUGUUGAUAAUAAGACUGAGGAGAAGUCAUCAUCAUUAGAGAGAGAGAGAGAAGGCUUUCCGCUAUGUACUUACUUAUUUUUACACGAAUCCAUCAUAAACCAU